AUGGCAAAGGAUGGUGGCAGUUGGCAGUUGGCAGUUGUCGUGGCGCAGCAUGGUGUCCAAGCGACCUACUCGCAGCGAUGCGUCCGACAGGGCAGAGAGCACAACACAAAUACGGUCGCAAGUGUGGGGUUUGGUGAGAAGGUUUUCUUUCUGGGCUUGUAUCUGGGAAGUCCUUCCGACGCGACACUAUUGGAGGUCGGCAAUUUCCGCGGAGUGACAGAAGUGACAUGCGCUUCGGAAUGCAGUGUUUGGGACUGGAUCCAACAGGCGUAG